AUGGGUUCUGGCUCAGUCACUGGCAAAAUCUCAGGCAAUAUAGAAUCGGAGGUCAGCCUGCCAUCAAUUGCAUGUGCUGAGGAUUGCGGGGGAGGAAAGAAGUCUGGCUAUGUCGCUGGCAGUCAUCCCGCGACAGCGCCGGCUUUUGUACUGCCAGCCCUCUUUCGCCGCCUCCAGUCGCACAGCCAGACAAAGCAACCUUGCAUCCUGAUCAGCAAAGCUGCGAAAGGCUCCAGAUCGCAUGAGCUUAUGCAUUGA